AUGUAUACGAUGCAUUAUAAGAAAGUACUACCAAUUUUGCCAUUUCCGGACGUGGAUUGCACUAAUGCCGAUAAAGGAACCAUUUAUUUUGUCAAAUUUUAUGCAAAUUUUAUCCUGUACAAAUUUGGUUAUGAGAUGUAUAUGACUCUCGUCCUUCUCUCAGCAGUAGUAGCUUCAAACAUUAUCUCGCUGUUAUCAGUGACGAACUUGGUGAUUUGCUUGCUAAUGGAUCGAUGGCGUGUUCGACGUAUAUUCUUGAUUUUUGUCUGCUAUCACUUGGUCGUCCUCAUCUACUCGUUGCUUGCAUACAUUGGUCCUAUGCCUGGUGAAUGUCAUUACGGUAAGGAUGGACUACAUUAA